AUGGCCGGUUUCGCGAUUCCACGGCUUGUUAUCUUCGGUCUGGUCACCAUAUUUGCGUUUGCCGUGCUCGGUGUAGACGCGCAUGUCACCAGCAUCUUCGCAAAAUCCGGGACCACGAUCCCCAUUGAGGGCAUGGGCCUGGCCACUGCCCUGUUCACCAUCUUGUCCCUCCCAGCUAUCGUAUUCUCUCCGAAAGGAUCUUUCCCAACGACAGUUUUGUUCGAGAGUAUAUGGCUCUUUAUCCUCUGGGUCUUUUGGCUCACCACCGCCGCGCUCGCAUCCAACCUGCGGAUCACGGUCAUGAAGGAGCUCGGUCCGAAGGGGUGUAGUCAACUCCGUGAUGAUGGCUUGGCUGUAUGUAUGGAACUCCCAGCAAUCGAAGGCAUCUCCUAUGUAAACUGGCUCUUGCUCAUGUUCUACACCGUCGCCCUCUGCGUAUUUUUGUUCAUGGCACGCAACGGUGGUCAUCCCAACGUAUGGUCGGCCUCAGCCAGCGAAUUCCCAUAUUCGACGCGCUCAAAUGCCGACUCGACUUCCGGUAGCACGGCUUACAAGCACGAACUUCCAUCAAGCGCCAGCGUUUAA